AUGGCAUCCAAGAGCAACCCCAAUGUUCCCCAAAAGAAGCGCAAGAUCGCAAACAGAGCAAAGACUCAACGCAAGAACGCUAUCAACAAGAUUACCAAAAACCCAAGAGGUACCAGAGCCAGUACUGUUCUGCACCCUACGAGUGGACCUUUGGCACCUUUAUCGGGAAAGAAGGCUCGUAAGCUCCAAAAGGCGCAAAACUGUGCACGUCAAAGAGCAUUGGAACAGGCAAUGAAGGAAGGAGAGGUUAAGAUGACUGACGCGCCAGAGACUACAUCAAAUGCAGUCAACGAGGGAAUGGAUGUUGAUAACAUUGCAUGA